CCAGCACACGCCCCCUGGUUGGGGAGAUGGGAGCGGGGCCGGUGAGUGUGAAAGUGGAGAGGCUGUUGCUGCAGAGCGAGCGCUGGUGCUGGAGGUGACAGCAGCUCCCUCAGUCACUGUCCCAUUCACAGCCUGGAUACAGUCAUGGAGAUAGGCACCCUACUGCUGCUGCUGGCUGUGGCUUGCUGCCUCCUGAGCUCUCGUACCGCUCGAUCGGAGGAGGACCGAGACACGUUAUGGGAUGCCUGGGGAUCAUGGAGUGAAUGUUCAAGAACCUGUGGUGGAGGAGCCUCAUAUUCUCUAAGGAGAUGUCUUGGUAGCAAAAGCUGUGAAGGUCGGAACAUACGGUACAGGACGUGCAGCAAUGUGGAUUGUCCAGCAGAAUCAGGAGAUUUUCGGGCUCAGCAGUGCUCUGCUCAUAACGAUGUCAAAUAUCAAGGACAAUAUAGGGAGUGGCUUCCAAUUCAUAAUGACCCUGAGAACCCGUGUUCUUUAAAGUGCCAAGCAAAAGGAACAUCUCUUAUUGUGGAACUUGCUCCUAAAGUACUGGAUGGCACCCGGUGUUACACAGAGUCCUUGGACACAUGCAUCAGUGGUUUAUGCCAGAUUGUUGGUUGUGACCACCAGCUAGGAAGCACUGCAAAGGAGGAUAAUUGUGGAGUUUGCAAUGGAGAAGGGUCAACCUGCCGUUUGGUUCGAGGACAGUACAAAUCACAGCUUUCUGCGAACAAGUUAGAUGAAACAGUGGUUGUAAUACCAUAUGGAAGCAGGCACAUUCGGCUGGUGCUUAAAGGUCCUGAUCACCUGUACCUGGAAACCAAAACUUUGCAAGGUUUAAAAGGGGAGAACAGCCUCAGCAACACUGGUUCCUUUCUUGUGGACAAUACUACUGUUGACUUCCAGAGAUUUCCCGAUAAAGAAAUCCUCAGGAUGGCUGGUCCCCUUUCUGCAGACUUUUCUGUAAAGAUACGUUACACUGGUGCUGCUGAUAGUGUGGUGCAGUUCAUUUUCUACCAGCCCAUAAUACAUCGCUGGAGAGAAACAGAUUUUUUCCCUUGCUCAGCAUCAUGUGGAGGAGGUUACCAGCUAACGUCAGCAGAAUGUUAUGACAUGAGGAGUGGACGGAUAGUGGCUGAUCAGUACUGCCAUUACUAUCCUGAAAACGUAAAGCCCAAACCCAGGCUUCAGGAGUGUAACAUGGACCCAUGCUUAGCCAGUGAUGGUUACAAGCAAAUAAUGCCCUAUGAUCUCUAUCACCCCCUUCCCAGAUGGGAAAAUACUCCCUGGACGGCUUGCUCCUCAUCUUGUGGUGGAGGGAUUCAAAGCCGGACUGUGUCCUGUGUGGAGGAGGACAUGCAGGGACAGAUUAGCACUGUGGAGGAAUGGAAAUGUAUGUACACUCCAAAGAUGCCCUUAGUCCAUCCUUGCAAUAUUUUUGAUUGUCCUAAAUGGUUGGCUCAGGAAUGGUCUCCGUGCACUGUUACUUGUGGCCAUGGGCUGAGGUACCGAGUAGUUCUCUGCAUUGAUCACAGAGGUAUACAUACAGGCGGCUGUAGUCCUAAAACAAAACCUCACAUUAAGGAGGAAUGUACAGUACACAUACCUUGCUACAAGAUGAAAGAAAAGCUGCCUGUGGAAGCCAAGCUGCCAUGGUAUAAACAAGCACAGGAGUUAGAAGAGGCAACGGCUGUAUCUGAAGAGCCUUCGUUCAUACCAGAGCCGUGGUCCGCUUGUAGUGUUUCCUGUGGAGUAGGUGUACAGCAGCGAGCAGUCAAGUGCCAGGUGCUAUUAUCAUUUGCUCAGACAAUUGCUGAUCUCCCACUUGAUGAGUGUGAGGGGCCGAAACCAGCCAGUCAGAGAACGUGUUACGGUGGACCCUGCAAUGGUGAAGAGGUGGAGUACAGCCCAGAUGAGGACGAGCUGGAGUAUGGAGGAUUAAAGGAUAUCGAUGAACUGUAUGAUUGGGAGUAUGAGGGAUUCUCUGAGUGCUCUGAGUCAUGUGGUGGAGGUGUGCAAGAAGCUGUAGUAGUUUGCUUGAACAAACAAACGCGUGCUACAGUAGGUGAAACCCUUUGUGUGGCUAGUAGACGUCCUCCACCACUCUUAAAAACAUGUAAUUUGGACGCAUGUCCCCCAAGGUGGGAGAUUGGAAACUGGAGCUCCUGCAGUUUAACUUGCGGAGUGGGAUUACAAACUAGAGACAUAUUUUGUUCUCAUCUUCUAUCAAGAGACACAAAUGAAACCGUAAUGUUGGUAGAUGAUUUUUGCAGACAACCUAAACCCACUUUGGUACAGGCCUGCAAUCGCUUUGACUGCCCACCAGCUUGGUACUCUACAGACUGGAAACCGUGCUCUCAGUCAUGUGGUGGGGGGAUACAGACGCGAGAUGUCCUCUGCAAGCAAAGGCUGUCCGAUGGCAGCAUCCUGGAACUGCCGGAAACAUUUUGCUUAUCUGUGAAACCACUAUCUCAGGAGUUAUGUCAGAAUGAAGACUGCCCAGUGGAGUGGCAUUUGACUGACUGGUCUCAGUGUUCAGUUUCGUGUGGAGAAGGGACACAGAUCCAAGGUGCUGUUUGUAGGAAGAAGGUGAAAACUGGAGAAUACGUCUUGGUGAAUUCCUCUUUGUGUGCAGACUCAGUCCUUCAUCAGAUGACGCGACCUUGCUCACUAGCAGCAUGCACAAGACCCAGGAUUGGCCAGAAAACGAGCCCCCAGAUUACAGGUCUCAGAAAAAUGUAUAUACAGAUCAAAAAGCAGAAGAAGUUGCAGUUUGUUGUUGGUGGAUAUGCUUACCUCCUACCAAAGACCUCACUUGUGCUUAGGUGUCCUGUACGGCAGUUCCGGAAACCCCAGAUCAUAUGGGAAAAAGACGGGAAACAUUUGAUCAGCUCAGAGCACAUUACUGUUGCACCACAUGGAUACAUCAAAAUUCAUCACCUUAAACCUUCCGACACUGGAGUUUACACAUGCAUGGCUGGGCCUAGCCAAGAACAUUUUGUCAUCAAGCUUAUUGGAGAGAAUAAUAAAAUUAUUUCCCAAGCUCCUAGAGUUAGAGAAGAAGGGACUGCUAAGAAAAUGAGGAAGAAUGAUGGUUAUAACCACCCGGAAAAGCAGCAGAGUGCAAAUCUGUUUAACCGAAGCAAGACUGAAAAGCAAUUGCAACUAACAGACCCUAGUAGUCGCUAUGAUAAUAUUAUCUCACGCCUUUUGGCCCUAAAAGUUUGGUCUGAUCAUCAUAUGGAUCCAUCUGACCCUCAAGAAUCUUUUGAAAGGAAUAUCUCUUCAGAGGAAGACCAUGGUUUGGAGCACUCUUUACCUAACACUAUUGUCACUGAUGUUAAGCGCAUAGAUGACAUAAUUCGGUCAUUGUCUCAGCAACCUGUUGAACUGAAUGACAACAACAGCAGACACCUUUUAUUGCAGAUGGCUCAUGAGUUAACAAGGAGCCAUCUAGAAAGCCACGAAGCACCUGUUUUCAAGACAGACCAUAAACAGAUUAGUCCUGGAACUUCAGAACAUUCAUUGUACAAACCUGUUUCUAGUUUUUCUAGUUCCAGGUCUUCAUCCAUGGAAGCUGAAGCUUUGGAGCCCCAUGAAAGACUCCCAGCCCAUUCUCUCAGGAAGCCAGUCAUUCUAAGAAAGAUAUCGGCAGCCCAGCAUUUUUCAGCGUCUGAGGUUGUUACUCAUAUUGGACAGACGGUAGCACUGGCUAGUGGAACACUCAGUGUAUUGCUUCAUUGUGAAGCUGGUGGAAACCCUAAACCACUUAUCAGCUGGGCCAAAAAUGGAGAGGAAGUUAAAUACAGUAACAGGAUACUCUUAAAAUCAGAUGAUUCCCUGCAAAUACUAGAGCCAGUUGAAGCUGACGUUGGAUUCUAUACCUGCAAUGCCACCAACCCUUUAGGCUCUGCUUCAGUGUCUAUUGCCAUUACUCUAGCAGGGAAACCAUUAAUAAAGACCUCCAAGGCGGUUCUUCUCAAUGUGGACGCGCCUUCCAUCACUGUCGAUGUGGGAACUAUGGUGAAAACCAUUCAAGCAACAAAUGUUACCAUCCACUGCCAAGUAGCUGGUCUCCCUGAGGUAGAUGUGACUUGGUACAGAAAUAAAAGCAGAUUGCACCAUGUGUCUCACCAUAGUGAUGCAUCUCUGUUCAUUGGGAAUGUAACUUACUCGGACCAGGGAUUGUAUACUUGCAAGGCCAUUAAUAUACAUGGGGAGGUGUCAUCAACAACAGAGCUGCAAGUAAUAGGACCCUCUCUGGUUACCUUUGGUGAAGAACGGUUAGUGAUGCUUAUGGCUCAAGCAGGGCUAGGAAUACCAUCUGUGCUGGCUUCUCUUAUUGGCAACAGCCUGCUGGUGGGCACAGGUGGAUCGGCACUGAUAGGUUGUCCUGUGAAGGGGGUUUCCGUUCCCAAUAUAUCUUGGUUUCAUGGAAGUCAGCUACUGAUCAAUGGAGCACGACCAACACAUGAGGUGAUGGAAGAAGGACAGAUCCUGCGUCUAACUAAUAUAAGCAAAGAUCACCAAGGAGAAUAUAGUUGUGUUAUUAGGAACACAUCUGAUUCUCUUAUGCAAAGAGCUUCUUUGUCAAUUAAAGCAUCUCCGGAUUACCAAUGGGCAGUUAUUGGUCUCCUACCAUGCACAGCAUCAUGUGGUAACAGAGGUGUCCAACAUACACAAUUGAGAUGUGUUCUGGACAAGCAAGAGGUCAAUGUGUCUCACUGCCUAAAUAAGUCAAGACCACCAGUAAAGCCCAUUGCAUGUAACAGAAGAGACUGUUCACCAAGGUGGAUGGUAACAUCCUGGUCACCAUGUUUGCAGAGCUGCGGAGGGGGUGUCCAGACCCGGAGGGUUACCUGCCAGAAACUGACAGGGACAGGCAUUUCUGUACCAGUAUCAAAUGACAUCUGCACAAUUUCUGCAAAACGUCCUGUGGAAAGUCAGAGCUGCAGUAGACAUCUGUGUGUGGAGUGGACUACAUCUGCCUGGGGGCGGUGUCAUGGACAAUGCAUAGGACCGCGUAUGGCUGUACAGCGCAGACAAGUAUUCUGUCAAACCCGGGAUGGAACCACCUUGUCACCAGAACAAUGCCAGGUCUUGCCAAGGCCUCUAACUACCCGGAAUUGCUGGUCAGACAUCUGCAGCGUACACUGGCGAGUGUCACCCUGGACCCUAUGCACGGCAACCUGUGGCAGCUAUGGCUUCCAGUCAAGACGUGUGGAAUGUGUACACCACCGAACUGGUAAACAUGUGCAAGAUCACAUGUGUUCUUGGAGACCGCGACCUUCUAACUGGCAACGCUGCAAUAUGGCACCUUGUGAGAAUGUUGACUGCAGAGAUACAACCCUGUACUGUGAAAAGGUGAAACAGCUGAAACUUUGCCAGCUUGCACAGUUCAAAUCUCGCUGCUGUGGGACUUGUGGGAAAGCGUGACAAUCUAUUCAGAAGCCUAAUUUUGCUUUAGCUAAGGAAGGAGAUGUGAAAAAGAGGCUGUUACACAGGCUUGUGAUGAUCCUGUGAUAUUUAUUUGUGCGUUGUCCAGCCCUUGAAAAGGACUAGACAAGGAUGUCUUCCAUUUCUGCUGGGAGAACCAUUGCAGUAAAUAACUGACUCACGUGUUUCACAUGAGCUGAACUCGGAAAAUAAGCUUUAUUACAAGCCUAGGAUACUGAGCACAACCAUUGUUGGUUGCAUCAUGAACAUUAUGGGGGUGGUGCAUCCCUGAAAAGGAGUUCGAAGCAAUAUAGGAACAAAGGGAUUUGAUAGGAACAGAACUUUUGUUUUGGAAACAAAGGGGACAAUAUUGGUUGUACAUGUAUUGUUGAGUUUUCAUUCUACUUUUUUUAUUUUGCUUGUCUGCCAUCCCCACUAUGAAACACAGAGCGUUUUACAGUGACGCACACUAGCUAAGAGCUGGGACCAGUCAUCUACUGGAUUUAAAAGAACCAAAUAUGAAAGACUAAGUUGUGUGAACGAUCACAGUAACUACAGUAGCAUUGCUGAUUUGUGAACCUGUUUCUCGCACGGAUGUGAAAAAUUUGCCUUAACUUUCAUGAUGACAAGGGUUACGGGCACUCUGUAUCAUGCAAUGAUAUGUGACGUUCUAAAGUGUGUCAAAUAAUGUUCCACAGUACAAGAUGCUUAGGAAUGUGAUGUGCUUAGCUGGUAAAUGACAGCCUCCUCGAUAUUUACAGCCACUUUUAUGAGUGUGAUGUGUGAGAACGUCAAAAUGGCAAACAGAAAUGUGCAAAUCCAUUGUAGUGGGAGAGGCGAUGUGUGUGGGGCUAGCACGGAUUAUUUAAGCUUUUCAAAAUCACUUUGCUACUUGUACAGUUUGUUGGCACUGUACUCACUUUUUAUUGUUUGCUAUCAACAGGGGGUUUUCCACUAAGCCUAAACUGUGAGUUGUUGAGUUGGUGGCCCCGUUCCAGUGGCAGAAAUAGACUGGCAUUCCUACCACAGGAGAGCUCAUCAGUGUAGGCUCUGGUCAGCUCCUAGGAAAGUUGCUUGUUCCCUAUAAUGCUUCACACAUAUAAGCAUAUAGUAAUUCUUAUUCUCAUUUGAAACAACAGGAACCACAUUCUCUUAUUUAAAUCCUGCACCAUGUAACUGAAAUACUAUCUUUAUAUUCCAGCUCUUCCAGCCACACACUUAUUGCGCAUACUGCACACACUAAAGUCACAGCAACAUGAAAAGUCUCCGUUUGUGAACACUUAUUAAGCACUUAAAAAUCUUACAAUUAUAUUGUGGUCUGUGAAUGAAAUAUGUCCUGUAGUUUACUAGUGGGGUUAUGCUGGCAAUGUACGCUGAGGAGAAGAAGAAGACGCCAUUGUAAUCAGUCAGCCCAUCAUCAGACAUGUUGGUGAACUCUGGGCUGAACAUACAGAUCUCUCUCAGACUCUCAUAUGGGUCCUCUGUGUGUGUGGCUAAAAUCGGUCAGUGGAGUUGGCACUGUGACAGAGUAGCAGCAGGACUGGCCCAUUUGUGGCCGGCGUAAUAACAAGGGUGACCAGAACAGGAAACAAGACCCAACCCCCCUGCCUCAGUUCCAAUGUUCAAUUGAGAUGCAGUUAUAAAUGAAAACCUGUAAUAUAUAUAUAUAUAUAUAUAUUUGCAAUAAAAAAACAUUGCCACACAUUAGUUAUCACUGUAAGCACUUGAGGAUUACUGGAAAUAUAAGUAUGUGAGUUAUGUAGUCCUGUGCUGGUUCUUACUAACAUACUAUGUAAUUGGAGGGCUAUUGCUACAAUCUUUAUGGUAGAAUGUAUGUUAUAAUUAUCAUUACAUUAAUCAGGGUAACUGCGCCUGAAACCACUGAAAUAACCUUUCUAUUACACCCCUUUCCUAAUAGGAAACACAUGAUACAGCCACUUUGUUAAAUGACGUUCUGUGGCUGAUGCAGAGUUAAAUGCAAAGUCUGUUUGUGGAGUGUGUCUUGUGUGUUUUUAUUUUGCACAUGUUCCCAAGCAUAGACAAGUGCAUGUGUUGCUAUGUGAUGCUUUUAAUUUACCUGCUGUCGGGAUCCUGGCGGUCAGGAUAUCGACACCAUAAUCCCAACAGCUGGCAAUGCCGCCAGUCGGAAUCCCGGCGCAACAGGGCUAUUCUCACUCGUGUAUGUCCACGACACCCAUAGACUGGGAAUAGAUCCUGUGGUGAGCGCAGCAAACCACCGAGCCCGCAAGGGGGCUCAUAGCACUCGCCCCGCUGCCGGCAUUCUGGCGGGUGGGAUGCUGCUGUCUGGAUUUUGACAGCCGGCAUCCCGCCCGCAGGUAAUCUGUACCGAACCCGUUGCUACAGAUGUGUCCUCAUACAUUAUACAUCAUUGCUGAAGUUACGCGAUACAGUCACUCUCAGCGCACCUGUGAGACUCUGCUAGUGUUUUGUUAUCCCCUGUUUUUGCUGAAAAUGCAUAUUAGUUGGUCAUUCAGAUCUGAUCGCUUGGCUGCUAAUUUUGCUGUCCUGCGUUCAGAUAGUGGCCACCUACAGGGGGAGUGUAUAUUCGCUGUGCAAAUGUGCAAUCCUAUGUGUACCACGAGCUGCUAAAAUUCACUUUGUGCAGUCUCUGCACCACCCAGGACUUACUCCUACAGUGCGAUCACAUCAGGCUGAUUGGGUCCGGAGGUGACGUCAGACACCCUCCCUGAAAACGCUUGGGCACGCCUGCAUUUUUCCGAACACUCCCAGUAAACGGUCAGUUACCACUCACAAAUGGCUUCCUCCUGUCAAUCACCUUGCAAACACCCGUGCGAUUACAAUUUUCGCACCAUCCUGUGGCUGCCCAGCGAUGCCCUCUGUUGUUGUCCAACGCGUGUGCACAUUGCAGUGCAUAUGCAUGCGCUGUGCGUACCUGAUCACCUGCUGUGCGAAAACGCAUAGUAGCGAUCAGAUUUGAAUGACCCCCUUAGUCCCAAUACGAUGCAGCUAGGACGCACAAGCAGACUGUGCUGAUUGAUAUACUGUUUGACACUUGUAUAUCUGUGUGCGACUGAGUCUCUGAAUCUGUAUACGAACUGCUACAGUGUAGCAGCAGCAGCUUUUUCCAAUACAAGGUCUGUUCUGCUCCGUAUAGACUCACACAAUAUACAAGUGUCAUAUAUCAAAUUUAGCAGCACAGUCUCUGCAACAUUGUGUUACAACUAAGACACAAUUUCGGCAAAAAAAGAUGCCCAAUGCUAGCAGAGUUGCACAGGACCAGGCGGCUCACUCGUACCAAGCAUCUCACACUGCAUGGCGUAUUGUGCUAGAUGUAUGAGGGCACAUCUGUAAGUCGUAUGCAAGCCAAACACAUCCUCACUUGUGACUGAAGGGGCUGUAACUGGGCUGUAGCGGUGCACUGUGACGCCGGUAAUGCUCAGUGACAGACUGUAGAUGGAAUUGUGGGCUUUGCAGGGUUGUGCUGAAGCAGAAAUACACCUGUUUCCGGAUUUAUGUUUGCAUCUAGUACAGGCUGGUGUAAGUGCGCAGUGAUGGUGAUAACAACUAUCAAACCAAGUGUAUAGAGGGGGUGGAAUUUCGGUCAGUGAGAUGCGUAUGGGUGCAUAUAGGCAUUUAGUUCCAUGGGUACAGUGCUGGAGCAUCUACAGCCAGCUUGCGUUCAACUCUGCAAUAGCCCCUCUGUAUGCAAAGUGUGUGUUGCCAAGUUACAGCAUAUUAUUAAUAUAAAAAUGUUUAUGUAUGUAUAACAUUGUUUGUAUUUAUUAGGGGUUCUUGUACAAAAAAAGUGCAAUAUUAAUAAUUGUACAUUGUUUUUCAGAUAAAAUUAUUUUUGGGACUUU